GGCCGUUUGUCCCUUGUUCUAUUUUCUCUUUGGGUCACAUCGCCUUCUUUUUUUUUUUUUUUCUCCGUUGUUUCCUUUCUCAAUCUUUCAAAUCGAAUGUUGUAAACAGGUCUUUAACAACAUCAACUUCAAAACAAGAGAUCAUUUGUUUUCGUCCUUCAAAAAUCCAAAGCUUCGUCUCGCUUCUGUCAGAUUAAAUUAAAGAUUUGUGAUUUCAGUUUGCAUUGCUAAACAAUGUCGGCGGAUGAUGAUAAAGAUUCAGACGACCUUAAUAUAUUUCUCAACGCCAUCGGCGAAGAACCCGAAGAAGCACCGAUGAGGAGAAGCACCAAUGAUGAUAUAUUCUUCAACUUGGACGAUGACGGAGGAGGAGGAGAUUAUUUGCACAACCCAUUUCAAGAUUUCUCCGAUUCGAAUCAACAGCCAGUCUUCGAAUCUCCAAAGGUUUACGUGGCACCAAGGGUGAUGAUAAGCCAUCAAGAUUCCUUCUCAGAGGAGGAUUCAAGAAUCGAAGAUGCAAGGAUAUUGCCCUUCUCCCCUCGUCUCCGAGUUCCCGCUUCUCCCCGCGCUUUUGUUUAUCAGAGAUCUGUGGAAUCGCCUCGUUUUGGAUCUCCCGUUGGAUUGAUCGACACAGCUUCACCUUUCGAAUCUGUUAAAGAUGCAGUUUCAAAGUUCGGUGGGAUCACAGACUGGAAAGCUCAUAAGAUUCAAACAAUAGAGAGAAGGAAGAUGGUUGAUGAAGAGCUUGAGAAGAUACAAGAAGCAUUGCCUGAGUACAAGAGAGAAUCCGAGUUAGCUGAAGAGGCCAAGCACGAUGCGUUGAAGGAGUUAGAGAGCACAAAGGGACUCAUCGAGGAGCUCAAACUCGAGCUAGAGAAAGCGCAACUGGAAGAGCAGCAAGCGAAACAGGAUUCGGAGCUCGCGCAGAUGCGUGUCGAGGAGAUGGAGAAAGGGGUAGCCAACGAGGCGAGUGUCGCCGUGAAAGCGCAGCUGGAGGUGGCUAAAGCGAGGCAGGAGUCGGCGACUAGCGAGCUGCGGUCCGUGAGGGAAGAGAUCGAAAUGGUUUGUAACGAAUACGAAGAUAUGCUGAGAGAAAAAGAGUUAGCCGCGGAGAGAGCUGAAGUUGCUGUGAAAGAAGCUAAAGAGAUUGAGAGAGAGAUGGAUGGGUUGAGUAUUGAGCUCAUAGCUACCAAGGAGGUGUUGGAGUCAGCACACACGGCGCAUCUGGAAGCGGAGGAGAAGAGAUUCGGUGCAGCGAUGGGUAGGGACCAAGACAUGUAUAAUUGGGAAAAGGAACUGAAGAUGGUGGAAGACGAUAUCGAGAGGCUUAACCAAGAGAUUCAUGCAGCCGAUGAUAUGAAAACAAGGCUGGAGGCGGCUUCAGCUCUUGAGAAUGAUCUGAGAGCUGAGUUAGUGGCUUUCACUGAGAAUUCGAGCAGUAAUGAUAACAUACAUGCGGCUGUUGAUUCUGCAAGGAGAGAGCUGGAAGAAGUCAAAUCCAAUAUUGAGAAAGCAGCUUCCGAGGUGAAAGCGUUGAAGAUAAUAGCUGGAUCGUUACAGUCCGAGCUUGCAAGGGAGAGAGAGGAUCUAGCAGAAACUAAGCAGAGAGAGAGUGCGGGUUUGGUCGGGAAGACGGAUGAGGAAGCGAGAGAGGAGUUGAAUAAGUUGGAGCAGGCGAUGAAAGAGGCAGAGGAUGCUAAGCUCUUAGCCGCAGUGGCUAGAGACGAGCUUAGAAUGGCGGAGGAGCUGUCUGAACAAGCUAAAACGGGAAUGUCUACGAUAGAGAAUAGGUUAGCCGAGGCGAAAAAAGAAAUGGAGGCUGCUAGAGCUUCGGAGAAGUUGGCCUUGGCUGCUAUAAAAGCUCUGCAGGAGACGGAGUCUUCUCAGAGAUUUGAGGAGAUGAGUAACUCACCGAGAAGCAUCAUAGUCUCUGUGGAAGAAUACUACGAGCUGAGCAAGCAGGCACACGAGUCAGAGGAAGAGGCAAACACAAAGCUGUCACAGAUUGUAUCCCAAAUAGAAGUGGCUAAAGAGGAAGAGUCAAGAAUCUUGGAGAAACUAGAGGAAGUGAAUAGAGAGAUGAGCUUGCGAAAAGAAGAGCUAAAAGCGGCAUUGGGGAAAGCGGAAAAGGCUAGAGAUGGGAAGUUGAGUAUGGAGCAGGAGUUGAGAAAAUGGAGGUCAGAGAAUGGGAAGAGAAGAACAGAAGAGCCGGAGAAGAGCCCGACGAGGUCAAGCACGUUUGCGUUUGGUGAACAAGGGACCAGCAGCAACAUUGAUAACAACAACAAUAAUGUGACCAACCCUGAAACAAAGAAAAAGAAGAAGAAGAAGCUUUCUUUGCUGCCAAAGGUUCUCAUGUUCUUGUCAAGGAAGAAGUCUCACAAGUGAAAAUCUUUUGUUUUUGUUUCUUUUUUAACAUAUUUUCUUCAAAAUAUUCGAUUUUGUUAUUUUUUACAUACCCCAACAACAAAACAAUACAGACUUCUUGAGAUGAGUCUGGCAAACUUUUCCAUGUAUGAUUUUUGUUGAUUUUCACUUGAUGGAAAUAAAAGCCAUUGACGCGCA